AUGUCGAAAUCAGUGGAUGCCCCUAACCAGUACAAGCAGCCCUCGCGUAAGGGCAAGAAGGCUUGGCGCAAGAAUGUCGACGUUACUGAAGUGUCAGAAGGUCUGCGCCAGUUGAAAGAAGAAGAAAUCAAAGGUGGUCUGAUCUCGGAGAAGACAUCUGACGAAUUGUUCACUCUCGACACCGCUGGAAACGAACACGUUCGCAGACAAACCGUCAAGAAGCACAAGCCGCUCAAGGCAGAUGAGAUUAUCGCCCAGCGGUCUCUUAUUCCCGCCCUGGACGGUCGCAAGCGUAUAAACUCUAACAUCACCGAUGGAGUUAUUGAGCCGAAAACCAAGAAGCACAAGAAGGAUUGGGUCAGCAACAAGGAACUGUUGCGCUUGAAGCAAGUGGCCAGAGAUGGAACCUCUUCCAAGAUUCUCGGAAGUGAAAUCUAUGAUCCCUGGGCAGAGGAUGCCGAGGCAACUGAAUCGCCCGUUGUGGACGAUCCCCGGUUUGAUUUCUUGUUGAAGCCAAAGUCUAAGGUCGCACCGGAGACCAUUAGACAUGCGCCAAUUUCCCUUGCCGCCAAUGGAAAGCCCAUCCCAUCAGUUCGCAAGCCACAGGGAGGAAUCAGUUACAACCCCGUCUUUGAUGAGUGGGACCGUCUACUAGAGGAGCAAGGUGCGGCUGCUGUUGAGGCAGAGAAGCUGCGCCUUGAGGAGGAAAAGAAAGAAGAGGCCAAGAGACUCCUGCAGGAGGCGGCGCAAGGUGACGACGGCGAGGUGAAGUCUGAUGAUGAAAGUGCCUGGGAGGGCUUUGAGAGUGAAUAUGAGAAGCCCGAGUGGCUCAACAAGAAACGACCUGAGCGAAAGACCAAGACCCAGCGCAACAAGAUCAAGCGACGAAAGGAGGCUGAGCGCCUGGCCAAGUGGGAGGCCAAGAAGGCUGCGACAGAGGCACAGGCUGCGCAAGUGGAGCAGCUUACCGAAGAGGCCAAGCAGCGUGCGCUCGACAAGGCCAAUGAAUCCGAUGCCGAUGAUUCUGACUCUGAAGAGGGUGACGAUACUAAACUUCGACGUAGAGCGUUCGGAGGAAAGCUUGCACCCCCAGAGAAGCGAUUGGAGCUUGUUCUUCCUGAUGAACUUCAGGACUCCCUCCGACUGCUGAAGCCUGAAGGAAACUUGCUGGAUGAUCGUUUCCGAACACUGAUUGUGCAAGGAAAGCUCGAGUCCCGCAAGCCGGUGACACAGGCUCGCAAGGCCAAGAGAAAGAUCACCGAGAAGUGGAUGUCUAAAGAUUUCAAGGUUCCUGGCCUCGAGUAA